GCUUAUUAUGAAAAAACUUGGAUUCCUCUAAGGCUAGUCAUUGAUGUCUAUCUAUUUGGUUUUUCUUUUGUUCUACGUUAACCCAUCAUUUCUUCCCCUUCUCCACAAUCUUAGCCAGUCAAUUCCAAACAGUUAAAAAUUGCCAUAAAAAUAAAAAGUUUGGAAUUUCGUGGUGAAAAAAUACCGAAAAAUACGAAAGUUAUAAAUAAUCUGAAAGAAUAAAGUUGAAAAAUAAAAAAUAAAGUCAAAUAAUUGGGAGUGUUUGAUGACUGAAAGAAAAAGGUGGAGUCACAGAAUAACAUGUUGAUCAAGUCCUGGACGUGACUGGUUCCCAGUAGUGUGCGUUUCGGUGCCACAAAAAUUGAAUGGAAUUCUGAAUUGUUUUUUCAGUGUUUUGACAUCGCAUUCGAACUGCAGCAAUGCACUUGACUGGACAUAAAGGCUUUUACUUUCAAAAAAUUGAAAAAUUAAUAUAAAAAAAUAAUUCAAGCUGAAGAAUUUUAAACCUAUAAUACCGAUCACGUUCAACGCUCACCGGUGAUCGAAUCAUGAGGAUGUUAAUUUACUACACAGAUAACUUGGCUGACCACCGGGCGUAUUGGUCCGGUUAGAAGUGAGUGGAACUUAUUCGCCAGGCACCAUGGAGUAUACUGGAAGUAAGCUUAUCAUUUUCGGAUUUUUCUUCCUUCCACAAAUUAUAAAAGUUAUCAGCCAUGGAAGACUUAUGGAUCCACCAUCUAGAAAUGCGAUGUGGCGCUUUGGCUUUCAAAAUCCUGUUAAUUACAAUGAUAAUGAAUUAUUUUGCGGUGGCUAUGCAGUUCAAUGGGUUGAAAAUGAAGGCAAAUGUGGAAUAUGCGGUGAUGCAUAUCAUAUGAAAGAGCCAAGACCCCAUGAAGGAGGUGGUGAAUUUGCCAAUGGUAUUAUAACUAAACACUACGUUGUUGGACAGGAUAUUGAUAUAGAAGUUGAGCUGACGGCCAAUCAUCAAGGAUAUUUUGAGAUGUAUUUGUGUGCUCAUAACGACCCUAAAGUACCAGCAACACAAAAGUGCUUUGAUAAACACCCGCUUUACCUGUCUGGUACUGAAGAUAUACGGUUUGUCAUUCCAGAUGACAGCGAGAAAAAAGCAAUAUUCCAAUAUAAAGUUACAUUGCCACCUUUCAUUACUUGUUCACAAUGUGUUAUUCAGUGGAAUUAUUAUACAGGUAAUAUGUGGGGAACCUGUGAUAAUGGAACUGAAGCAGUAGGUUGUGGACGACCGGAAACAUUUAGAAAUUGUGCAGAUGUUAAUAUUGUAACAAGCAGUGGGGGUAGACCACCAAUAUUUACUAAACCAUUUAGCAAUCCUUUCCAAAUCUACUAUGAAGAUUAUCGAGCGCCUAAUGAACUUUUACCACUUGUCAUAACAUCACAAGUUUGUCUACCCUCAAAGUUUUCACGACGUUUUGCUGGCAUGAAGAGUUGGUGUCAGACUAAUUGUCUUCGUUAUCCAUCAAAUUGUCCAGAACUUUUUUGUGAAUGCCCUGAUCAAUGUGAUGCAAUCGGUGAGCUUCAAGGUAAAAAAGGUGCUGAUGUUUACUGUAUGGACAAGUGUCUUGUUUAUAAUUCUGAUUGUCCAGAAAACCGUUGUACGUGUUACUAAAAGAAUUUUGUGAAAUAGAAUCAUUCCAAGUUAUAGAUGAAAAUCAAUUUUUUCAAUUCUGAAUGCAUAAUUAAUAUAUUAUUUGCAGAUGAAAUCGAUACUAGCUAGUCUAGACUUUGUUUGAAUUGCAAAAUUUUCAUUGAAAUAUAAAUACAUAAACGAAGAAAAAAAAAGAAAAAAAACUUGAUUAUAAACUUUAUUUUUCAUUUAUGUAUUUCAUUGAUUGUAUCUACAUUUUCUUAAUGUAUAGCAAAUAGAAUUACAUUGUCAUGUAAGAUGGCAUGGCACAUCGAAAAAAGGUGUAAUCGCUAGUUCCAUCUCGCUCUUGUCCUUGAUUUAGAUUUCAAAAAGAAAAAAAAAAUAGUUUUUCAAUUGUUAUUUUCUAUAUUUCAUUUAUUACAAUAUUCUUAUAUUGUAUUUUAGAUAAUAAUAAAUUUAUGAGCCUUUGAAAGUGUUCUCAACAGUCAGAGCAAUCUGUUAACUGAUGUACAUCGUGAUAAUAUUGAAGUCGAAAAUGGAAAAUUAGC